UUGGUUUCCAGAAUUGGGAUAGUGCCUGCCUGCCUGCCUGCCUGCCUGCCUGCCUGCCUGGUGCUCCAAGAGCAAAACCAGAAAGAAAUAACAGUAGAACAAUAGUAUGAGGGGGUUUAUGUCCAGACGAAGCAUGGUUCAUGUAAAUGCUCGGAAGUUUCUUUUUGGAAGAAUUGGAGUGUAGAGAAUGUGCCUGACAACGUCCGUGAAUGGUGGGAUACUUAAGGUAAUGGUAGACCAAAACCUGGCGUUAUGGUGCCGUAUGGACCCCAAGUUCUCUUCAUCAUUGCCUGAUGGCCCGGCUGGUUCAAUUGGUUAAGUGGGUCGUUUUCUUCGGCCAUAACCAUAAGUUUAAGAUUUAAGUGGGUCAUUUGAAAUUUGAGUCUUUUUACUUCCUCCCUUGACCUUGUUAAGUGGUUUUUCUUAAAACUCAAAUUUUGUUCCAAAUUAAUUGUCUGUUUCGAC